CCACAUUAAUAAAACACUAUAAACAUCAUCUAUUCUACUCUCAUAAAGUUGAAUGUGUGGUAGUGCACGAAAUAUGGAAUAAAUUAAAUUAGACAUAGCUGUAUAUACAUCUACAUGUUAUGUCAUGUCGUAUAGAAUUAUGGGUUGGUAGAGAAAAUGCCGUGAUUUGUAAAUUUGAGACAGUUGAUAAUGGAAUCAUUCGAGCAAUCAAGUCCUUUACUAUGAUUUGACUCUAAGGAUCAGACAAGAGGUUUGAACAUCGGACGAAUUGAGACAACCAGAAGUGUCUUUUUAAAUUCGAGACGUCUGGUAUGUUUUCUGUGUGUGUAAAAGAAGUGAUCGAGCGUGGCGAGAUGAAGUCAUUGCUAAUGAUAAUGGCGGUGGUGUUUAUGUUUUUAACGGUAUAUACAGACGCUGAAUACGACUUUCCCAACUACGAAGAUCAUCCCUGUAAACGUGAAUGUGAUGACGGUGUGGAUGCUAUGAUAUGCAAUUAUCAUUUUACUUUAGAAUAUUAUUAUACGUUAAGUAAAGCUUGUUAUGAUUGUCCAUUUAAUAUCAGUGACUGUAGUCGGCGGCAUUGCAUAGCUGGUGAUGGAGUUUCUAGACCUGUUCUGGUAGCCAACAGAAUGUUACCAGGUCCAGGUAUACAUGUGUGUAAAAAUGACACUAUUGUUGUCAAAGUAACCAAUAAACUAGCAGGGGCUGAAGCCACAACAAUCCACUGGCAUGGCGUCUUACAGAAAGAAACACCUUACAUGGACGGUGUGUCUAUGAUAACACAAUGUCCAAUACCUGCUCAUACUUCCUUUACCUAUAGGUUCAAACCACAACAACCUGGAACUAUGUUCUGGCAUGCGCAUUCUGGGGUUCAAAGAUCAGAUGGUAUAUUCGGAGCCUUGAUAAUUCGUCAAUCACACCAAAGUGACCCACACUCCCAUCUCUAUGACUACGACCUACCAGAGCAUUCUAUACUGGUCAACGAUUGGCUGGUUGAAUUGACGAUUCAAAAAUUCGCAGCUCAUCACCAUGACGACGGUGAUAAUAAACCAAGAUCAGCUCUAAUCAAUGGUAAAGGUGCUCUGGAGCCGUAUCCUGACCCCGUAACUCAAGUCAACCAUUUUACACCAUCAGAAGUAUUUAAAGUGGAGAAAGGAAAAAGAUAUCGGUUUCGUGUGGCCAGCAAUGGCGUUUUAAACUGCCCUCUACAGUUCUCCGUACAAGACCAUCAGCUUUAUAUGAUCUCUUCUGAUGGCUACCCAUUCCACUCCAUAAUUGUAGACUCUUUUAAUAUCUUUGCUGGAGAAAGAUAUGAUUUCGUUCUUCACGCUGACCGAGACAUUGAUAAUUACUUAAUCCACGUCAGAGGAUUGGCGGACUGUGGUGCUUCAUUCAAACAAGCCAAACAACAUGCUAUCUUGAAAUAUAGCGGAGCACACCGUGAUCUGGUAACGAGGCCAGAUUAUAAUGAUGGGAGGAGAACAGGUUUGAAACUGAACCCAUGGAAUCGUCGCGGUACACCGACUCUACUGCCAGUAUCAACACUAUGUUCAAUAGCCGAAGAUGAUAUAGCUUUAAAACCAAUACCCGACAGACAAUUCUAUAUCGCAAUGGACUUCAACGUCAUCGAUAACCAGAAUUUUCAUCAUCCUCAAUUCUAUUCUAUAUUUGAUGUGGUGAAGAGGAAGAAACUCUUGUCACCCCAGAUGAAUCACAUCUCGACAAUUUUUCCACCCUCACCACCGCUGGGUCAGUGGUCGGAUUUGUCAGAAGAUAUGUUCUGUAACAGUGAAACAGUCAGUAUCAACUGUACUGUAAAAUACUGCCAGUGUGUACAUCGACUACAGGUGGCACUAGGAGAUGUCGUGGAGAUUAUUCUUGUGGAUGAGGGCGUGGCUUUUAAUGCUAAUCACCCCAUGCAUUUACAUGGCCACGCAUUCCGUGUGGUCGCCAUGGACAGGUUAGGCAAUUCGACGUCGGUAGAGCACGUGAUGGAGUUGGAUAAACAAGGGGGGAUAAUUAGGAAAUUGCAUGGUGCUGUUACUAAAGAUAGUGUUACAGUACCUGAUGGUGGCUAUACUGUUCUCAGAUUUCACGCUAAUAAUGUCGGUUUCUGGCUGUUCCAUUGCCAUGUAGAGUUCCAUAUAGAAAUAGGCAUGGGAUUAGUAAUACAAGUCGGUUCUUACCAACAGAUGCCACGCCCUCCUCCAAAUUUUCCACGUUGUGGCAACUGGGACGGUGGUGAUCCUGCUACUGGAAGUGAUCCUUUAAUCGGAAGUGUAGACACGAAUAUUCAAGUAAAUAAAAGUUCCACAGCGAACGUAGACUCGAACAUACCACAUAAACCGACACCCAGUACUUUUGAAAGUUCCAGAAUAGCAAACACUGACAGUGAGGGUGAUGAUGACGGAAAUAAUAUGGACGAUAUUGAAAAUAAAUCGGGCGAAAUUAUGGAAGACAUUCUAUCAGACGAUAAAUCAAAUGGAAUAAGUGUUGUAUAUUUAUUUAACGGUCGAUUUAUCAGGAUAAUGGUCACAGUUUUAAUUAUGAAUGUUUGACCACAAAAUAUUUUAUCACGUUUUUUUUAUAUGUAUUUAUGUUUUAUGUUGAAAAAAAAAGGAUCGAAUAUACCUCUAAAUUUA